GGAAGUUCUCACUCACAUUAUAUUUCUGUGUCUCACAGUGAGACGCUCAGACAGCAGGAAGACAUCAUGGAGGUCACAGCGCUCUGCAGCCGACUGCUGACGUGUGUCAUCAUUCUGUUGGGUGCACAUAUUCAGAAGAGCUCUACGAAAAACAAUGACACAGCUUUGCACAUUGUCACAGAGAGACUGCAGCUCUUUGAAUACGAGCCCUUCUCUUUUCUCUGCAAGGGUCUUGGCUCUGCGAGAGGGUUUAGGAACAACAAUGAGUUAAUUCAGAGUUGUUAUAAUAAUUCUUCAUCAACACUGAACUGCACCAUUCCAGAGGCCUAUGCACCGGACAGCGGUGUUUACUGGUGUGAGGAUGAAAAAGGAAGGAAGAGCAACUCUGUCGACAUCACUGUCACUGCUGGCUCUGUGAUCCUGGAGAGUCCUGUGCUUCCUGUGUUGGAGGGAAAAUCUGUGACUCUGAGCUGCAGAAACAAGACGACCACUUCCUCCAUCCUCUCAGCUGAUUUCUAUAAAGAUGGCCGCCUCAUCAGGAGCAGCUCUACAGGAAACAUAACAUUCAAAAAUGUCUCUAAAUCUGAUGAAGGACUCUACAAGUGCAGCAUCUCCGAUGGUGGAGAAUCACCAGAGAGCCGGUUUGCUGUCAGAGGAAGUGGAGACCUACCGAACAAAGGAAUGCGUUAUUUCCUCAAGUUAUCCAUCCCGCUGUUUACCGCUUUCAUUAUUUUCAUUUUGGCGCUGCUGGUGGGAGUCCUUCGUAUUAAACACAGAGAUUCCUCGAAGACCCCAACAGCAGAUUCACCAUGCCCCGCCGAGGAUAAUCAAUACGUUACAGCCUGUGAAGAGGAUGAGAGCGACGUCAUGUACGCUCUCGUCGUCACAAAACCAAGACUUCACCAAGACGUUGCAGACGCUGCUGAUAAUCUGAGCCUCAGCAUCGAGACAGACCACAGCCAAAACCCACAAACUGAAGCAG